GCGUAUGUUAGAAACGGCUUCGCCUUCCACGUGGGUAGUGAUCAAGGACUCAGAUGCAUGGUCCUCUCUGGCCCAAACAUGGGAGGAAAAAGUUGUUUUGUCAAACAAGCUGCUCUUACAGCGAUAAUGGCUCAAAUCGGUUCCUUCGUCCCUGGGGAUUCGUGCAAAAUGACGUUGUUCGAACGAAUUUUCGUUCGCGUUGGUGGUGAUGCAACGGAAGGAGUUUUCCAAGUUUCUGGAAGGUGCGAC